UUAUAUAAGUUUAUUACUUUUUAUAUUGUGACGUUUGAUAUCUGUCUCCGAUUAAAUGGUGUAGCGAGCAGCCGUAUUUCUAUUACUAAGAUAUUUUUCAGUGGCGACGAGAUUAUAAAGAACUACAAAACACGUAAGGAAAAAGCAGUAGGUACAUAGUCAAGAUGUCGAUUGGUAAGAUUGCAGAGUUUAAGCUCGGGAGCGAUAAUUGGCGUUUGUACAUUGAAAGAUUGGAACAGUACUUUGUAAGUAAUAAAAUCACAAAUGAGUUGUAUGUACCAACGCUAAUAACAGUUAUGGGUGCAAGUACCUAUGAAUUGUUGGUCAGUUUGUGCACUCCUGACAAACCAGUUUCAAAAACAUUCGCAGAGCUGUCAGACAUAUUAGGAAAUCAUUUGGAUCCAAAGCCAUGCGUAUUAGCCGAAAGAUUCAAGUUUAGACAGCGGGUGCAAACAAAAGAAGAAAAAAUAUCACAAUAUGUAGCAGAUUUGAAGAAAUUAUCAAAAACGUGUGAGUUUGGGACAUGGUUGGAAGAAAGCCUUCGUGACCAAUUGGUUUGUGGCUUGUCGAAUGAAACUAUACGACAACGGUUGUUCACAGAGUUGCAUUUGAAUUUUUCUAAGGCAUAUCAGCUAGCGUGCAGCAUGGAAGCAGCUGAAAAAGAUGCCGCGCUAGUGGAGACAAAAUCUACGAUGUUCAGCGGAGUUGGCAAUAGCAGUAGUGUCACGGCAGAUUGCCAGACCAUGGCAGGAGCAUGGCGGGGCAAGAGCGACAGUCAAACGCGGUCGUCGAAAGAACGCCAACAGGGUCAGAGGCAGCGUUCUUUUCUAGUUCGUGAAGCGCCUACAACAGAAGUGAAGUCGUCUUCAUCAUCUAACAGAAGUAGGAGGUUACGAUCAGGCAGUGCAAGCAGCGCUUGCAGCGUUUGUGGUGGUGACCAUGCAGCAGUGGGGUGCCGCUAUUCUCGGUUUGUGUGCCGAGUCUGUAAUCGACAGGGGCACCUAGCCAGGGUCUGUUCGUACCUAACGCAUUAUAACAUGGUUGCAGCAGAGCCAGUAAGCGAAAUAGACUCUAGCAGCGAGGAAGGAAGUGAGGAGGUAAUUGUCCAAAUGAACCAGAUUUCAGUGGAAAGUUGUAAACCCAUUCUAAUAAUGUUGAAGGUUAACAAUCAUACCUUGAAGAUGGAGUGUGAUACAGGCAGUGCCGUCUCUUGUAUCAGUUUCGACCUGUAUUCACAGAAGUUUAGUGAUUCGAGAUUAAGUAGAUGUAAUUUAACUUUAAGAUACUAUACGGGCGAAGUAGUUCACCCGGUAGGCAUGCUACGUCCCUUAGUUAAAUAUGGAGAUAUUAGUAAAUAUUUGGAUCUAUAUGUUAUCCGGAAUGGGAAAACCUUGUUAUUGGGUAGGCAAUGGAUCGUAGAGCUAGGGGUACAAUUACCCAGAUUUAACUGCAAUAGUGUCGAAGUAAGUGAUUUUAAUUUAUCGGAAUUCAGUUCCAGAUAUUGUGAGGUUUUUGCGGACGGCUUGGGGCGAUUCACUGGCGGUACGGUUGGUAUUCAUCUGCGACCGGAAGCGGUACCAGUGUUCAUGCGUGCAAGGCCGUUGGCAUUCGCGCUGCGCGAGCCAGUUGAGCGCGCGCUGGAGCAGUUGACGCGUGAUGGUAUCCUCACACCAGUCGACCGCUCCGACUGGGCUACGCCGAUAGUACCUGUGGUCAAAAAGGACGGAAAUAUCCGGAUAUGCGCUGAUUAUAAAUUGACGCUAAAUAAAAACAUUGUAGUGGAUCGGUAUCCCUUACCAAGAGUAGAAGAUCUGCUGGUGCGAUUGCACGGAGGAAAACGUUUCACUAAGAUUGAUUUGUCGCAGGCGUAUUGUCAAUUCGAAUUAGACGAGCGUUCGAAGCAAUAUACGCUCACGGCUGAAGGCGAGCGUCCAGUAGCGUUUAGUUCGCGCUCUUUAUCUUCCAGCGAGCGCGCGUACUCGCAGAUCGACCGGGAAGCGCUCAGCAUUGUGUUUGGGGUUAGGAAAUUUCACCAAUAUUUAUAUGGAAGGAAGUUUACUUUGAGAACGGAUCAUAAGCCGCUAACAUUUAUUUUUGGAAAUAAGGUAGGCAUCCCGGUUAUGGCUGCGUCUCGUUUACAGAGAUGGGCGGUGCUGUUGUCAGGCUAUAAUUAUGAUAUAGAAUUCGUUUCCUCCAGUAAAAACUGUGCUGAUGCACUUUCCCGGCUUCCAUCACAUAGCAGUAAUAUCCGUGAACCUAAGAAUGAGGUCACGUAUGUGAAUUUUGUAGAAGAUUUUUUACCGAUCACUCAUGAGGACAUUAAAAGAAAAUCAUCAAAAGAUUUACUUCUUAGUAAGGUUAUGUCUUACAUUCAAUCUGGGUGGCCAGCUAGUUGUUCUGACGAGCGCAUGAGACCAUACUAUUUACGUCGGCAUGAACUUUAUUGUGAGCGGGGUUGCAUAAUGUGGGGCUAUAGGCUUGUUGUACCGGACUCUCUGCAGAAAGGUAUCUUAAAACAGUUACAUGUUGGCCAUUUAGGGAUAGUAAAAGCUAAAUCUUUGGCUCGCAGUUACGUUUGGUGGCCUAAUAUUGAUGCUCAGAUUGAAGCGACUUGCAAACAGUGCGAAACGUGCGCCAUGGAAGCAGAUGCUCCACCACGCACAACAUCUCAGCCCUGGCCUUAUCACCUACAGCCAUGGUCACGGCUGCACUUAGAUUUCUUAGGUCCUAUAAACGGUAAAACCUUCUUGGUUCUUAUUGAUUCAACAUCUAAAUGGCUUGAAAUUUUUGAAAUGUCGAGUACAAAAGCAACCAGUGUAAUAAAGGUUUUGAGGCAAACUUUUGCUAGGUUUGGUUUACCACUAGAAGUCACGUCAGAUCAGGGUCCACCGUUUAGCAGCACAGAAUUCAAAAAUUUCUUAAUGAAUAAUGGAAUUCGUCAAUCAUUUUCACCUGCGUACCAUCCCUCUUCAAAUGGUGCUGCAGAGAACGCUGUCAAGUUAUGUAAGCGCGCAAUAAGGAAGGCUCAGAGAGAUAAUGUAGAUUUGGAUGCAGCUUUACAAGCAUUUUUACUCGCGUAUAGGAACAGCAUUCAUUGCACCACUGGAGAAAGUCCGGCCGCAAUAUUACAACGUCGUGCGCUACGUUCGCGAUUCGAUUUGCUGCGUAGCGAACGCGCAAGGGCGGACAGAGUACGUGACGAGCAAAGCCGUCAAGUUGCGUUGGCGGGCGGUAUUUCACGAGUUUUGACUCCAGGAGAUUCAAUCUGGGCUCGCGAAUAUGGGUCUCGCGAUAGGUGGUCAAAGGGAACCGUUACUGCUUCAGAAGGGUCUCGGCGAUAUCUAGUGGACACCGGAAAUGAUCGUGUUUUAUCCAGACACGUGGAUCAAAUCAGACGCAGAUCACACAUGUCCGAUGUUCCUUGUCCAGUGUCAUCUGCUAAUGAUAACCAAGAGGCAUCCUUACAAGAAGCCAGAAGCGCGACAUCAGACAAUACAGGCCAAGGAGUCUCGGCCGAGGAGACGAGUUCUAGUGAGCCCAGCUUGAAAAUUGUUGGGGAGGAGGUUGACGAUGGUAUGACAACAGCAGUUGCGUCCUCGCCCGAAUAUACAACACCACCGUCAGUGAUGCGCCCAAGGCGAAUAAGGAAGCCGGUUAUCAGGUUUUCACCUUAG